AUGCCACAAAAGGUGAAACCGGAAGAGUCUGUCAAGAUCUGUCUGUCAAGGGGCACUCCCUUGAAGUGGAGUGCCCCAAGCGCGAGGGUCGAGAAAAACCGAGCCAAGAUGGGCACUGGCCGAUUGGGCUCUUUCAACGCAAGGCUGUCCGGCGCUCAACCGUGGCUGGUCGCCGUUCGGCUUGGCGAGCUCGGCUUGGGCGAGUCCGGGACACCGCCGGUCUCCACCGCGGUGUCGGGAUCGGGCAGCGGCUCGACCGUGGCAGGCCAUAGGAUUCCAGAGAUCCAGCGGCCACAGCGCAGGGUGCGAGCAUCGUAG